AUGGAAUUAUCAUGUGGAGGAGGAGAAAAUGGCACCUCUGAACAACCCCGUGCAAUUGAAGAAGAAGGGGGAGAAAUUAAUUCCCCCGAGAAUGAAGGGAAAACGGAUUCUAAAAGAUAUGCAAAUUCCGAUUCUAAUGGAGAAGGGGAGAAGGAAGUCAAUGGCCGUUCCAGUGAGAUGAUAGUAUAUUCAGAAAAAGCAAUACAAGAAAUGAUACAACAGCCUCAUUCUCAGCUGCCCAAGCCAGAAGCGCCACCGGGGGUUAAUAACAUCCUAUCGCCGAAGAUGGAAAGGUCAGUUUCGGUGCCGGAUAAUUUUGAGAUGCCGGCGAUCGGGAAAUUUAUUCGCGACAAGAGUAAUACCUUUUCCGCUGCCAUAACAAGGCGAUGGUCGUCGUUGAGAGAAGGAAGAAACGACGAUGGAGACGAGGAGGCGGCUAUAGUGAAGCCCGCGUCACAUGUUACGGAAUUCAAUCUUUCAGGUCUGAAAGUGAUCAAAUCACUGAAAGAAUCAGGUAAAAUAGUGCUGAAAGGAAGAAUUAGCUUUUUCUCGCGAUCGAAUUGUAGGGACUGUACUGCAGUGAGAUCAUUUUUGCGCGAAAAGAACCUGAUUUUUGUGGAGAUCAAUAUUGACGUGUAUCCAACAAGAGAGAAGGAGUUAAUUGAAAGGACAGGCAGUGGAACAGUGCCACAGAUAUUUUUCAACGAAAAGCUAAUCGGAGGAUUGGUUGUAUUGAAUUCUUUGAGGAAUGGUGGGAUGUUGGAGAAGAAAAUGGAGGAAAUGCUGGGGAGUAAGUGUCCCGAUGAUGCACCGGCACCACCAGUCUAUGGCUUCGACGAUCCAGAGGAGGAGGAGAGUUUAGAUGAGAUGGUGGUGAUUGUUAGGGUUUUGCGGCAGAGACUGCCCAUUCAGGAUCGUCUGAUGAAGAUGAAGAUUAUCAGGAAUUGCUUCAACGGAGCUGAUCUUGUGGAGGUUCUAAUAAACCACUUGGACUGCGGCAGGAAGAAGGCCAUUGAGAUUGGGAAGCAGCUGGCAAGAAAGCAUUUCAUUCAUCAUGUUUUUGGUGAAAAUGAAUUUGAGGAUGGGAACCACUCCUACCGAUUGCUUGAGCACGAGCCCUUCAUUCCCAAAUGCUAUAAUUUCAGAGGAUCAGUAAAUGACAUUGAGCCCAAGAGCGCUGCUACUGUAAGCCAGAGGCUAGCCCGAAUAAUGUCCGCCAUACUUGAGUCCUAUGCUUCUGAUGACAGACACCAACUUGAUUAUGUGGGCAUCAGAAAUAGUGAAGAAUUAAGGAGAUACAUAAGUUUAGUGCAGGAUCUCCAGAGAAUGAAUAUAUCGACACUUUCAGUGGAUGAGAAGUUGGCAUUCUUCUUAAACCUGCAUAACGCCAUGGCUAUUCACGCGGUCAUUAGAAUUGGUCAUCCUGGAGGCAUGAUCGAUAGGAGGGCUUUCUUUGAUGAUUUCAUGUAUGUGGUUGGGGGCUAUCCCUAUUCCAUGAGCGCAAUAAGAAAUGGGAUUCUUAGAAGCAAUAAAAGAGCACCUUUCUCAUUAACAAAACCUUUUAGUGGUGGAGACAAGCGCCUAGAGUUGGCGUUUCCAAAAGUGAAUCUAUUAAUUCACUUCGGGCUCUACAAUGCAACGAGGUCAAGUCCCGUGGUGAAAUUCUUCACUGCUCAGGGAGUUGCAUCAGAAUUAAGAUAUGCUGCAAGGGAGUUUUUCCAAAGGGAUGAUGGAAUGCACAUAGAUCUUGCCAAGAGGACCGUGUACCUCUCUCGUGUGAUCAAAUGGUACAGUGCAGAUUUUGGACAAGAAAAAGAAAUUCCCAAGUGGAUCAUAAAUUACUUGGAUGCAACUAAGGCGGGCCUUUUGACACACCUUUUGAAUGACGGGGGCCCAAUUAAUAUUGUGUAUCAAAAUUUUGAUUGGUCUCUGAAUGCUGCCUGA